AUGUGGAACAGACAUUUUGUCUUGUAUCUCCUGCUUUUGCCAGUUUUUAUGAGUCAAGCAAUAUAUGGACAAAGAAAGAAAGGAUCAAAGUCCAAUUUACUUGCAAAGAAAAGUCUCCAGGACCUCACUUGCUUCAUAGAUCUUGUCUUCAUCGUGGACAGCUCUGAAAUUUCUAAAAUUUUUCUCUUUGACAAACAGAAAGAUUUUGUAGAUAGCUUGAGUGCCAAGAUUUUUCAAUUGACCCCGGCUGGCUCCUUGAAAUAUAACAUCAAACUGGCAGCCCUUCAGUUUAGCAGCUCUGUCCAAAUUGAUCCACCUUUUUCUUCUUGGAAGGAUCUACAGACUUUUAAACAGAGGGUCAAGUCUAUGAAUUUCAUUGGGCAAGGUACUUUCUCUUAUUAUGCCAUCGCCAAUGUCACGAGGCUACUUAAGAGAGAAGGGUGCAAAGAUGGUGUGAAAGUGGCUUUGCUGAUGACUGAUGGCAUCGACCAUCCAAAGAAUCCAGAUGUUCAAAGUAUUUCUGAAGAUGCCAGAACUUCAGGAAUAUUAUUUAUCACCAUUGGACUCUCUACUCUAGUCAAUGAAACCAAACUUCAUUUGGUAUCUGGGGAUCCACCCAGUGAACCCAUUCUACUGUUGAAUGAUUCAACCUUUGUGGAUAAAAUUCAGGAUCACCUGGAUAUCUUAUUUGAAAAGAAGUGUGAACGCAAGAUUUGUGAAUGUGAGAAGGGGGAUCCAGGCGACCCAGGGCCUCCUGGUACACAUGGAAGCCCAGGUAUCAAAGGUGAGUGAGGACCUAAAGGAAAUCCGGGUGAUGCUCCAAAAGGGGAACCGGGAGAAAGAGGCCCAGGGGGAAUCCCUGGGUACAAGAGUGAGAAGGGUGAACAUGGAGAAUGCAGUAAACCAGGAAUAAAAGGUAACAAAGGAUCCCCAGUGCCAAGUGGACCAAAGGGACCCAGAGGACUUCAGGGCAUUACUGGACUUCCAGGGGAUCCAGGCCCGAAGGGGUUUCAAGACAAUAAGGGUGAACCUGGUCCCCCUGGUCCUCCAGGAGCCUCUGGUAUUGGACAGCCAGGUAUUAAGGGGGAAAGAGGCCAGGAAGGAAGAACUGGGCCUCCAGGACCGAUUGGUGUUGGUGAGCUGGGCCAGACAGGUCCCCGUGGGCCUGAGGGAGCACCAGGAGAGAGGGGCUUACCAGGAGAAGGACCUCCAGGACCAAAGGGUGAAAAAGGUUCUGAAGCACCAGUUGGCCCACAAGGAUUAGAAGGCCCAUCAAUCGAAGGGGACAAGGGGGAUAUGGGAUCUAUGGGACCCCAAGGACCAAUGGGCAUCCCCGGAAUUGCGAGUCAAGGGGAACAGGGAAUCCAAGGUCCUAUUGGUCCACCUGGUCCACAAGGGCCCCCAGGACAAGGCUCACCUGAUCCCAAGGGAGAAGUAGGCCAGAUAGGACCUACAGAUCCUAGAGGACCAGUGGGCCUUGGAGUGCAAGGUCCAAAGGGAGUUCCAUGAUAAAUAUGAACUUCUGGGAAAUAAAAAUCUUUACUCAUGCACGGGCUCCCAGGACAGCCAGGAGUACCGGGAGAAAAAGGAGCUACAGGGAAGAAGGGAGAAGCGGGGCUUCCAGAAGCAAGAGGCCCUGAAGCACCACCUGGAAAAGGACAACCUGUUUUCAAGGGUGAUGGAGGAAAGAAAGGGAGCAAAGGAAAUCAAGGACAGAGGGGAUUUCCAGGGCCCGAAGGACCGAAGGGUGAUCCAGGGAUUAUGAGCCCUUUUGGGAUGCCUGGAACAUCAAUUCCUGGACCACCCGGGCCAAAGGGAGAUAGAGGAGGACCUGGGUUUCCUGGAUUUAAAGGAGAACCUGGAAUUGCUAUUGAGCACCCCCAGGGUGCCCAAGGCCCUCGGGGACCAGUGGGCGCUCCAGGACUCAAAGGUGACAGCUAUCCUGGUGUGGCUGGCCCUCGAGGAUUACCAGGACCCCCUGGACCAAGGGUUUUACAUAGAGCAGGAAACACUGGAGCAAAGGGAGAGCCUGGUGUCAGAGGCCCUCCAGGCCCCCCUGGGCCUCGGGGCAUAGGAACCCAAGGGCCAAAGGGUGAUACUGGGCAGAAAGGCUUGCCUGGCCCUCCUGCCCCGCCCCCCCCACCCCCGCCCGGCUAUGGAUUACAAGGAAUCAAAGGGGAGCAAGGACCUCAAGGCUUCCUGGGGCCAAAGGGCAUGACAGGCCAUGGCCUCCCCGGCAGAAAGGGAGAGCAUGGAGAACGGGGCGAUGUGGGAAAGAAAGGGGAUAAAGGGGAAACUGGAGAUACCGGACCCCAAGGAAAACAGGGGUUACAAGGUCCAAGAGGAGACCGAGGACUGACAAAAAAAGAAAUCACCAAGCUUAUUUUUGAAAUAUGUGGUUGUGGGCGUAAAUGCAGAGAGGCACCGCUAGAGCUGCUCUUUGUGACUGACAGCUCAGAAAGUGUGGGACCGGAGAACUUCCCGAUUAUCAAAGACUUUGUGAAGACUCUGACUGACAGAGUUGCGCUGGACCUUGCCACGGCCCACGUAGGCGUAAUCAACUAUGGCCAUAAGGUAGAGGAGGUGGAUCAUUUGACGCAGUUCUCCAGCAAGGACGACCUCAAGCGGGCCGUGGACAACAUGCAGUAUCUGGGAGAAGGCACCUACACAGCCACAGCUCUCCAUGCCGCCAACCGCAUGUUCGAAGCCGCAAGGCUGGGUGUGAAGAAGGUGGCCUUGGUCAUCACUGAUGAGCAGACAGAUAUGCGAGAUGAAAAGAAUCUGACAGAGGUGGUGAAGGAUGCCAGUGACAUCGAUGUGGAAAUAUUUGUGAUUGGGGUGGUGAAGAGAAAUGACCCCAACUUCGAGAUGUUCCACAAAGAAAUGAAUCUAAUUGCUACCGACCCAGCCAGUGAGCACGUUAAUCUAUUUGAUGACUUUGUUACCCUUCAAGAUACCCUGAAGCAAAAAUUGUUUAAAAAAAGUUGUGAGGAUUUUGAAUCCUACCUUCAUAUUUUGGGUUCACCACUGCUUCAACCUGGAUUUGGGAUAUAGGGGGAAGAACUCACUGAAUCCGCUCCAGAACCCCAGAAAGAAAUUUCUGAGUCCGUCAGUGUCUCUGGAGCCCAGGACAAAGAGAAGGAGCCUUCAGAGCCCACCUGGGCUGCCAGCCUUGCUGCCACUCCAUCAUCUGAGGCUGCCACCACCCAGGGGCCAUUGCUCAGGUCCCCUGAGGAUCAGGCAGAGGAUCCCAGAAUAUUUGGAACUCUACAGCCAGGAAACUGUAGCGAAUAUGUGGUUCGAUGGUAUUAUGACAAACAGGUCAACUCCUGUGCUCGCUUUUGGUUCAGUGGCUGUAAAGGCUCAGGAAAUAGAUUCAACAGUGAAAAGGAAUGUGAAGAAAUCUGCAUUCAAGGAUGA